AUGGGGGAUUUUCAUGGGUUAAGAGUCGCAAGAGGGGCACCUGCGCUCUCGCACUUGUUCUUUGCGGAUGAUAGCCUCCUUUUCUUUAAGGCUAAUGUUCAGGAAGCAGGGCUUGCAGAUAGAAAUGCAGUGACAGCUGUUUUUGAAGUGCAGCAGGCAGCCAAUUUCGGCAAGUAUCUGGGCUUGCCGGCCUUUGUGGGAAGAAAUAAACAAGCUGUGUUUGUGUACAUUGGUGAUAAGGCCAUGCCGACAUUUACUAUGAGUGUAUUCUUAUUACCUGCCUCAUUAUGUAAAGACCUGGAACGUUUUAUGAACAGAUUUUGGUGGCGUAACAGGAGGGAUGGUGGGGGAAUUCAUUGGAUGGCAUGGGAUAAAUUGAGUAAGCCAAAGAAGUUUGGUGGGUUGGGUUUCAAGGAUUUAAGGGCAUUUAAUUUGGCCAUGCUAGGCAAGCAGGGGUGGAGAUUCCUUACUAAUCCUCAGUCUCUGGUUGCCAGAGUUUAUAAGGCCAGACGCAGGAUAGAGAAUGGAGAUGCUACUUUGGUUUGGGGGGAUCCGUGGUUGAUGGGUGAGUCCACCCCUAAAAUAUUAUCUGAUAAGCCUGAGCAUUUGGGAGAAGUGAAAGUUUCGGGGUUAAUAGACCCGGUAACCUCGACAUGGGAUAUGCCUUUAUUUACUGAGCUAUUUCUGCCAGAUGAUAUUGCCCGGAUUAUUAAAAUCCCUAUAAGUCCGGCCUAUGAAGAUCUGUGGUAUUGGCAUGGGGAUCCAAAGGGGGUAUACACUGUGAAGGGUGCUUACCGUGAAUUGAUGGAUUUAUACCUAUGCAUCCCAAUGGCUUCUCAUCAUGGAAUAAGAUCUGGAACCUAA